AUGGGCUGUGGGAGCGCGAAGGUUCUGCCAGAGGCGUCCAAGAAAAGCUAUGUGGGCGUGAUGCAGUCACUGGUGGCCUUCGGCAAAGCUCGCGACCGCGGCGGCGACGACGACGAUGACGAGCCAAAGAAGGUUUUGGAGAAGCAAAGAAGUGUGUGGUUUUCCAAAACACACCAUCAUCAACAACAGCAGCAGCAGCAGCUGAGACACAGAGACGGACGACAGCAGGACAAAGCUGCAAAGUACAAGGACAAGUUUGAUCCACGUGUGACUGCAAGGUACGACAUCAAAGCUCUGAUCGGUCGCGGGAGCUUCAGCCGCGUUGUGAGGGUGGAGCACAGGGCCACUCGCCAGCCGUUCGCCAUCAAAAUGAUGGAGGUGGAGGCCCCCGGGGGCCGCGAGGUGUGCGCGUCGGAGCUGGCCGUGCUGCGGCGCGUGAGCCACGCCAACGUCGUGCAGCUGGUCGAGGUGUUCCAGUGUCCGCGCCGCGUUUACCUGGUGCUGGAGCUGGCGACGGGCGGCGAGCUCUUGGAGCGUGUCGUGAGCAGGGGUCACUUCACGGAGCGCGACGCCACCCGGGUCCUCAAGAUGGCGCUGGCCGGGGUGGUGUACCUGCACAGUCUUGGCAUCACGCACAGAGAUUUGAAGCCGGAGAACCUUCUGUACUAUCACCCGGGAGCUGACUCCAGGCUCCUGGUCACCGACUUUGGUUUGGCGACGUUUGGCAGCACCAGUUCUGAGGUGUGUGACACGAGUGGGACGGAGCCGUCCUGGUCUCUGAGGACCACCUGCGGGACGCCGGAGUACAUGGCCCCUGAAGUGCUGCUGAGGAAACCCUACUCCUGUGCCGUGGACAUGUGGUCACUGGGGGUGAUUGCGUACAUCGUGCUGAGCGGGUCCAUGCCGUUCGAGGACGACAGUCGCACGCGGCUCUACAGAUCCAUCGUGCGAGGGAAGUACAGCUUCAGUGGAGAUCCUUGGUCCUCGGUGUCCAACCUGGCAAAGGAUUUCAUCCAGCGUCUGCUGGCGCCGGACUCCUCCGCCCGUUUGACCGCUGACCAGGCCCUCCGUCACUCGUGGGUGGUCACGAUGGCGGCCGGCUCGUCGAUGAGGAACCUCCAUCGGUCGAUUUCACAGAACCUGCGGCAGCGGGCGUCACGCAGCUCCUCCCGGUGCACCGCGAGCUCCGGCGACGCCACCAGCGCGGGGAGAGCUAAUGUAGCCGGAAAAUAA